ACAGCUUUCAGAGAGUUCAAUGUUAAUGGUGCCGUGAAGAUACUGGCUCUAGAAAAUGAACGGAUAAAUAUACAAUGUAAGCAGGAUAUCCCUAUGGCUUAUUGUGGCUUUGUGCACCCUAGCGGCAAGAGGUUUUCAUUCUCAGGAAGCGAGCUGACAAACGGACACUGUGCUAUACCCAUCAAGGCGACUCUUCAGGACGUGGGCGAGUGGAGAUGCCAUAUAGGAAGGCAGCUUAGAGGUGUCGAAGAUCAGCAGAUAAUCGAACUUCGUGUCGUCGACAAAGUAGCAGCAAUACACAACAAAAUAACAACAGUCCACAGAAAAGACGUGACAUUAGAGUGUGCGACCACAGAGGGUUAUAAACCACUUAGUUACUGCCGUUUUGAGCCCCCUGAUGGCCCGCCUUUUAGUAUCGACUCCGCUAUAAACUAUACUACAUCAAUCCUCGGCCGCUACUAUUUCCCACAAAACAAGAGUUUAGAUCGAGGAGAUUGUGCCGUAACCAUCCGGAAGGUGAAAUACGAAGAUGUGGGGGUUUGGACCUGUGGAGCUGGUCUCAGUGACGGCAAGGAGUAUACGGACACGGUGGAGCUGAUCGUAAAAGGCAUAUACAGCAUGUCAACAGCAUCAGCCACAGGAGUGACUUUCGGCGCGAUAGUCAUCGGCGCGUUCCUCAUCAUCCUAGGGUACCUCGGCUGGAAGAAGAGGAGCUUCCUCGGGGCAGCGUCGCGGCAGCAGGGGCACGACGAAGGGCACGAGAUGGGGGUAAUGCCGCAGGCCCGGAACUCCCCACAAAGCAGAAGAUCAUCCAUCAGCAGGCGCUCACCGCAGACCAGCAGAGUGCCCACUGUGGUCGUGCAAUCGCCGUCAGAGACUGGCUCGCCUCUCAUAACCAGUAGACAGGAGACAAUCGAACCAUAGAAGCGACAC